CGCAUGCGCAGGCUGCCCAGCCGCGGGGGCUGCGCGGAGAAAAGGGGCGGGGUGGUCGGAGCUGCUGUGCUGGCAGCAGUAGGCGAGGGCGAGGCUGCGGGGUUCCUGGUGCUGAGGACGGACGCCAUUGGAGCCCCAGGGGAGGGCUCUGUCCCUGACAGAAUCUACCCCAACAGACGCCCCCCCCUCCACCCAGCCUUGUACUGCCUGGUAACCUGAUGAUUGCCGCCCCCCACCUCCAGGGAGUUCCCGCCUCCCACUGGAUCCCGCCCCCUCCCCCUGAAGAGGCCUCACCCUCCCUCUCAGGCUGAGCUCUCUUCUCCUUGGGACCUCCAGCAUGGCUGAGGGAAGCUACCGCAUGGAAUCGGACAGCUACAACGUUGAAGACAUGGAUGAGGGUAGCGAUGAAGUCAGGGAGGAAGAGAUGGUUGAAGGAAACGUCUAUGAAGAAUUUGGUGCUUUUGGAGGCUACGGCACCCUCACCAGCUUUGACAUCCGAAUUCUCAGAGCCUUUGGGAGCUUGGGUCCAGGCCUUCGCAUCUUAUCGAAUGAGCCCUGGGAACUGGAAAACCCUAUGCUGGCCCGGACUCUGAUGGAGGCAUUUCAGCUGGAUCCGGAAACACUUGCCAAUGAGGCGGCCUCCCGUGCUGCCAAUGUAGCCCGCGCUGCCGCCUCCAACCGUGCCGCUCGGGCUGCUGCCGCUGCCGCCCGUGCCACCUACAGUCAGGUGGUCGCUAACCACCCGGUGGCCACAGACCAGGCUUCAGGAGAAGAUACUCGGCCCAUGACACACACGGCCGAGGCUCAGAGAGCCACCUCUGAGACAACCCUUGCUUCUCCACAGAGCUCCCAGAUGCUAGUCAACAGUGAGAUGGUCGCCCCCGGGGCUCCAGCAACCUCCGCACAGCCCCAGACAGCUUCUCAGGCCCAGGAGGCUGCUACUGAGGGCCCUAGUCCUGCCUGUGCUUUCUCUCAGGCUCCAUGUGCCAGUGAGAUGGAUGCCACCCGGCCCAAGACAGCCUUCCUGGGUCAGAACGAUGUCUUUGAUUUCACUCAGCCGGCAGGUGUCAGUGGCAUGGCCUUCCCACGCCCCAAGAGACCCACCCCGGCCCAGGAGGCUGCCACAGAGGGCCCCAGUGCUGCCUCCGGGGUGCCCCAGGCAGCAUCUGCCAGGGAGGGGUCAGCCACCCGGCCCAAGACAACCAAGUCUGGGAAGGCUCUCGCCAAGACUCGGUGGGUGGAGCCCCCGAAUGUUGUGGCAGCGCCUGCUGCCAAGGCCAAGAUGGCCAUGAGCAUCCCUCAGGAGCCUGAGGGUGCAGCUGCCACUGCUCAGCACAGUGCUGAGCCCUGGGCCAGGAUGGGAGGCAAGAGGACAAAGAAGUCCAAGCACCUGGAUGAUGAAUAUGAGAGCAGCGAGGAGGAGAGAGAGCCUCCUGCAGUCCCACCGACCUGGAGAGCAUCGCAGCCCCCACUGGCGGUGCAGGCUCAGAUGGCCCCUCGGCCCCCGAUGGCCCUGAGGUCCCAGGUACCCUCAAGGCACGUACUGUGCUUGCCACCCCGCAACGUGACCCUUCUGCAAGAGAGGGCAAAUAAAUUGGUGAAAUAUCUGAUGAUUAAAGACUACAAGAAGAUCCCCAUCAAGCGCUCAGACAUGCUGAAGGACGUCAUCCGAGAAUACGACGAACAUUUCCCUGAGAUCAUUGAACGAGCAACAUACACUCUGGAAAAGAAGUUUGGGAUCCACCUGAAGGAAAUUGACAAGGAAGAACACCUGUACAUUCUUGUCUGCACACGGGAUUCUUCAGCUCGCCUCCUGGGAAAGACCAAGGACACUCCCAGGCUGAGUCUCCUCUUGGUGAUUCUGGGAGUCAUCUUUAUGAAUGGCAACCGUGCCAGCGAGGCUGUCCUCUGGGAAGCACUACGCAAGAUGGGACUGCGCCCUGGGGUGAGGCACCCAUUCCUCGGCGAUCUGAGGAAGCUCAUUACAGAGGACUUUGUGAAGCAGAAGUAAGUACUGACUGAGUUAACUUUCUCUCACACUUGUGCAUUCCUCGUGUGCUGGUCUGGCUGGAGAGGCCAUUCCCCAUCCCAUAUCUAACACUAGAGGGAUGAGGGUCUCUGGUGUGAGUGUGGGUUGGGGUAUGUGAGUGUUGGGGGAGUAGAAUUUCGGGGAGUCUUGGAGAAUGGGAGCACACGUAGACUGAGGACACGGUGUGGGGUACAUUAUAACCACCAUCUCAUUCGGCACCUGCCCUGUAGGCUGUGUGAGAAUUUCCCUUGCUUUACAUCUCAGGAACCUGGGGCUCAGAGAGUAGAAGCCUGAGCAUGGCCCCAGCUGGUAAGGGGCACAUUCGGGCCUGGAGCCCAGCCCUCCUGACUUUCUGGCCAAGGCCCACCCUAUCCUUAGUCCUUGGAGAAUACGUGUGCACUCACAC